GCAGUCUUUACGAACUUUCAUAGCGUUAUCAAUGGAUGCAUCAUCUCUGGCAGCAGGCUAUUACAUAGGUAAAAAUGUGUUACAGGAGUUGCUGGCAAAAUUAGGAUGCUUAAGGGUGCUAUCUUUGAGUGGAUACUGCAUAGACGACAUACCAUAUUCUAUUGGUCAUCUGAAGCAUUUGAGGUACCUUAAUUUGUCUCACAGUACAAUUAAACAGUUACCAGAAUCUGUGGGCAACCUGUUUAACUUACAAACACUUUUAUUGCGAGGCUGCAAGGAGCUUACUAAGCUGCCACAAGGCAAGUUGAUAAAGCUUCAGGUUUUGUCCAAAUUCUGUGUUGGAAAGGACAAUCGGUUUGGCAUUAGAGAAUUGAAGGACUUGAAACAUUUAAAAGGGGAGCUUUCUAUCACUGGAUUGGAAAAUGUGGUAAAUGUUUGGGAUGCUAGGGAUGCUAAUCUAAUGGACAAGCAUGGUAUUGAUGGCUUAUAUUUGAAAUGGAGUAGUGAGUUCCUUGAUCAUCAAAAUGAAGAAGGUGAAAUGCUUGUUCUUGACAUGCCAAAACCUAAUAAGGAUCUGAAAGAACUUACAAUUUCAUUUUAUGGCAGCGAAAGGUUUCCAUCUUGGUUAGGAGAUCCCUCAUUCACUAAUAUUGUGCACAUGAACUUAAUAACUGCAAAUAUGUUAGAAUGGGAACAUUGGUCUUCUACUCAUAAAGGUGAUGAAGAUUUAGAUGAUGAAUUUCCUUCUCUUCGUGGGCUCAUGCUACAAAAUUGUCCAAGGCUGACUGGGGACUUACCAAGACACCUUCCUUCCCUUGUGAAGCUUAUCAUUAGUCGUUGCCCAAAGUUGGAGGGUUCACUUGUGAGCCUCCCUUCCCUUUGUGAAUUAAAUAUUGAAGACUGCAGCAAGGAGCAACUGAAAAAUAUUGUUCACCUUACUUCCUUAACAACACUGAGAAUCCAAAGUAUUAGGGACCUUGCAUGUCUGCCGCAAGAGAUGCUAGAGUCUCUAGGUGCACUUCAAACCCUUGAUGUCUCCAAUUGCGCCAAACCGACGUUUUUGUGGCAGAAGGGUACUGGACUGAGAAACAUCGUUUCUCUUAAGCAUCUAAAAAUAAAGGGCUGCUCCAAGUUUGUAUCUCUAAUAGAAAAUGAACAAGGUCUUUCUGGUAGUUUGGAUGAUAUUGAGUUGAUCAACUAUGGUGACUAUGGGAAACUGACUCUCAAAAGUUUGCAUAUUGAAUCAUGCCCAAAACUUGUAUCAUUUCCUGAGACAGGUUGCUUGUCCACGCUUAGACAUCUUAAGCUGAAAGAUUGUGUAACUCUUAAGAACCUGCCUGAUUGGAAGAUGAUGCUUAAUUACAAGACUAGUGAUUGUCUUCUUGAAGACUUGGAGAUUGAAGAAUGUCCUUCCCUAACAUGCCUUCCAGGAGGCAAUAUGCUUACCAGGUUGCAAAGGUUGAAAAUCCGAGGUUGUACAAAUUUGCAAUCUCUACUUGAGGGAAUCAUGCAGAAAAAUACCAACACACACAUGUGGGAUCUUAAGAGCUUGGAGAUUGAUAAUUGUCCUUCUCUAAUGUGCUUUCCUGAAGGCAUAUUACCAUUUAGUCUUAAAAUGCUGAAAAUUUGUGAUUGCUCAAAGCUGGAACCACUUCCAGAGCAGCUGCUGCACAACAAUGCAUCACUUGAAUACCUCCAUAUGCGGAACAAUACAACUCUCAGAAGUCUCUCACCCACUUUGAAAACCUUAGAAAUCUACAGUUGUGCCAAUCUCAAAUCUCUACCUGAGAGGGUGCAAAAUCUUGCCUCUCUUCAAUAUCUAACAGUUUGUGACUGUCCAUGUCUUGUGUUGUUUCCCAAAGGGGCCUCUCUUAAAGAGCUCAUCAUUGUUGGUGCACUGGAUACUCCUUCCCAGAUGAAAAGUGUCUGCUUGCUACAACUCUCACUUCUAUGGUCAUUUCUAGACUCAAACGGUCUGGGAAGGAGUGCCUGCAAAACUUGGAAAACUUUGUAUCAGAAACUGUCAACUUCUACAACAACGCUUAAAGAAGAAAAGAGCAUAUUGGCCGUUGAUAGCCCACAAUCCUUGUAUAGAAAUAGAUGGGGGCAAGAGGCAGAAGGAGCCCCUCCAAGUUCCAAGCCCGUUGAGGAAGUUCGAGAGCUCGAGCCUAAUGCCAUGACCAAAGCAUCGCAUCCGAUGCGGGAUCUUGUGGAGUCACCUCCACUCAAAGAAAAGUUGCGAGCCUACAGCGGAUCCAAAGCAUUGGUUCUGAUGGAUAAACUGGGUGGGCGCACUACACAGCAGCCCAUUAUUGCUCCAAAGCAAAGUCCAAAUCGCGUCAGAAUUCAAUGCUGGAAGGCCGGCAGAAAAACACGUGAAGGGUUUUUUCUUGUUUUUAAUAAUAUGCUGGAUUGCAGCACCGUUGUCUUUGGAUUUCCUCCUCCGAUUUGGGUUAGGGUUUGUUUCUCCUCUCAGCUUUCUCUAAGAGAAGUCUCUGAUGUGAAAGGAAUCUGUUUCAGGGUUGGUGAACAAGGAGAUACAACUUACAAGAAAGGGAAACUGUGGCGAUUUUCGGCGGUUGCGGGCGUUGAAUUUGUUGUUCUCUGGAAGAUCCUGUUCUUUUCUUAUGCCAUAUUGAAGGGUUGGGACGCAGUUAUGGUGUGCCAAGCAGCAUGUAGGACAAGAUUCCGGGCAUUGAAGCACGAAAAUGGAAUUGCAAGGAGUGCCAACAUUGUAGUCCAAGUCAUAGCAUGCUUUCAACCCCUUCAGGAUUGUCAGGUAUGUUAUAUUCCAUUUUAUACUCUUUGAAUAAGUCUUUUAUUGAAGAAUUAGAUGCCAUGUUUUGUGGUGUUUGUAUUCUAAAGGUUUCCCUCCUAUCUUUUACAUGGAGAUUUUUUGUUCUUUUCUUCUCUUGAUAAUUGUUGAGACUGCCUAUGCAAUGCAUUUUUUUUAUUUCAUUUUUUGGGAUUUUCCAGGCUGAAUAUUUCUGUCAUUUGCUGAAGCCCCGUUACGUAGAUUAGUUUUGAAGGGUUAAUAAUACACUUAAUCAAAUUAAGAAUUAUAA